GGCGGGGCGGGCUGGUGGCGUCGCCCAGGGCAACGGCGAUGGCGCCCAUGGCAGCCGGGCGGCUCUUCUCGCUGGAGCUGCUGGUGGACUGGGUGCGGCUGGAGGUCGGGCUGUCACCGUGCGCCGGGGGACCCGCUGUGGCGUUCCGCCUGCUGGACUUCCCGCCGCUGCUCGUCCUCCCGCCUGCCGCUUCUGGCCAGGAGCCCCAGAGCGGCACCAUCGGCUUCGGGCGCGGCAAGGCCUGCCUACUACGCCUGCGCCCCGCCGCCCUGCGUCGCCCGCGCCUGCGCGCAGUACUGCUGCAGCUUCCCCAGGGCCCAGCGUCUGCACCGUGCCUGUUGGGGGCUUGCGACAUCCUGCUGGUCGCCUCCCCCGAGGGCCGACGGGGUAAAUUCACCUUGCGCGGCCCGGCGGCCGAGCGCGUCGGGGAAUUGGCUGUCUUCUGCCGCCUAACCGACCUGGGACGCUUUCCCCCUGGGGCUCAGGAGCUGCUGGGCCCACUGAGUCCUGCUAGUAUCACGGGUUCCGAGGCCCUGGAGGUGUGGGAGCCACGUACCCAGGACGCCCCGAAGCCAUGCACCAAAGAAGCCGCUGCCAGAUGCCUUCAGUGUGCCUCCAAUGUACGCUGCUUGGAGGCCUCAGAGCCGCGCGCCAAGGAAACUAACAGCUGGUCUGCAGGGGAUUCAGACCCCUCAGGUAUCCAGAAGACCUGGGAAGAUGCAGUCUUACACAGUAAGGCCAGCUCUGGGGACAUGGCUUCUGCCCCUUGUUCACCCGCUCCUAGUGGGAGGACUGUCAGCCCUCUCAGCCCAGAGGUCACGGAGCUGGACUUUGAAACCAACACCUUCUGCCCUCCUCCUCUGUAUUACACUCACCUGGCCCAGGAAAAGACUUCUGCCAGGGUUGAAAUCACUAUUGAGCCUCAGAGAAGUGGACCUGAGGAGCUGGAUGCUAUUUUUCCUGAAACAAAACGUGUAGGUCCUCCCAUACAUCCGGUGAAACAUGCAAGAUCUGCAAUGGAGGAGAGCCCUCCAGUGCUUCUAAAUCCUCCAGAGGUGAAGGGUCCAGGCUCAGUUAAUGAGGUUGCGUGUCCCCCUCAGACCGAACAAAGUACAGCCAAUGCAAUAAGACAGCUGCCGCUGCUGAAUGCUUUGUUGAUUGAACUGUCCUUGCUGUGCAACCAGCCCGUGGCAAGUCCCACUCAGGUUCACCCCCACUUAGCCUGGUUGUAUGGAAGUGAACAUAAGGGGCCAGAACCUUCUGUCAAGUCCACAACUCGGUCAGAAUCAAAGAGCACAUCUCGGUCAGAAUCAAAGAGCAACAAACUUUCUGUGCAAGAACAUGAAAAGCGCGUGAGUCUUCAGUCUAAAAAGAACCCUAAAGGUAAACAUUCAGAGAAGAUCAGUGGUAGCCCUCCACCGAGGGUUACAAAGGGUAGGCUGCUUUAUGGCUUAACAAAUACACUAAGACUGCGUUUAAAGCAAACAAACCCCGACAUGCUGGUUGUACAUGAAAAGAGAGAACAGUAUAGAAAAUCGAAAAUCAAAGCAGUGGAGCCCAAAGUCCGAGGCCCGACAUGGAAAGGGGAAGUACCAAGCUUGGCAGCACGAAGCCAGAUGCCACCACAGCCACCCAAGGAUAAGUCUUCAGACUCAAAUGGGUCUUUUGCUGAGGGUAGUGAUACUUCAAGGCAAAUCAGUGCUUGUUUUGAUGAGUUAAGUACAACUAAAAAAAUGAAUCGGAGCCAUGCUAUUAAAAAAGAAACAGUUGAGCAGGGUGAAAACAGAACCAGUGACACUUGGUUGGAGGCAGGUGUGUGUCCUGCAGAUUCCGUUAUUUCAGAAAGAUGUCUUCAUUCAAAUAUUCUGGGAGGAACAUCGAAAAUGAAAGUCCAAAGCCCAGCACUUUCCCAACAGGAUCCUACUGUUGACAAACCUGUUGAUGAGGGGAAAGAUGGUAGACAAGUCGAAGUCACAGACAUUGUGACUGCAGAUACAAGUGCCAACAGACCACCUAGUACAAAGAGUUCCUGUGAGAGCAUCUCGGAACUACAGUGCCAGGAGGAGUUGGCCAGCCCUUGCUAUUCGGAAGACUUCUGCAUGACUGAGGAUGACAGCAGAAGUCUGCUGGCUCCCGACUCCAGCACAGAGGCAGAAAAUGCCCAACACGGUUCACAGACGAGCAAGGCAAGCAAGGCAAGGCUGUCCACAAGGAAAAACAGUAGUGAAGCGAGUCCUGUGCUCAGCCCUCCCUUCUCUGCUGGCUCACCAGUAUGCUCACAUAAAAGAUCUUAUGUGUUGAAGACUGCCGAUGGGAGUCUGGAGGAGGCCUCCAGUAGCUCCACCAGUGACUUUUCAUCACAGUGGACAAGUGAAAAGGAAAACUGGGCAGAACCACUGAGUACAGGCAGAUCAAAGGUCAUGAGGACAGGGUGGGACAGCUCCACUAAACUUAAAGUAGGAGCUGGUCGCAAGUCCUCUGAGAAAAGCCAGUCACCAAGGACAUCUCAAGUGAGUUCUUACGAGCCAUCAAAUUUGUCUGAGCUAGAACUCAGGGGCUUAGACAACAGUGCAGAAGCUGACUUCCAAGAAGAGGAAGAUGACCUUGGUUCACUGAAUAUCUCCAAACAGUGCAGAGAUAUCUGCGAAUUAGUAAUAAACAAACUUCCAGGAUAUACUGUGUGAAAGUUGCUACUUUUGAAAGAGACGUAAUAACUAUACAUAACCUUAGUACAUAACUUAUGUGGUAGUUCUUUUAGCCAAUGUACAUAGUUUGUCGUUGAUGUUUAGUGCCUUUCCCUUCAAGCUGAUAUACUCUGAAGUCACUGUUAAGCUUAGGAAUGAUUCUUUUGUAAGAUGCUUAAGAUUAAAAGUAUGUCAGUAUACUCUGCAAAAGUGUCCGUCUUGCAGUGUAGAUUGUUCUAAAGUUGGUGUUUCAUGCACCAUUGUAAAAAGAGCUUGUUAAUGAGCUCAGCACCACUUCUUAAUGGGAAUAAAUCUUGUAA